CUUUCACUUCUUCUCUUCUCUUCUCUGUCUCUCUGGUUGUCCAUCAGAGACAGGUUUUAGUGAAACUGAGUGAAAAGAAAGAAAGACAGAGGGGCUCCGUUUCUGUUCUGUCUCACUGUUCCUCAAAGCAGCCUCUCAAUAAUGAAGAAAUGAACCCAGAACCAAGCCUCUUCUUCUAUGAAGAAGAUGGAUCAGCCAUUUCUCUUGGACGCUCUCUUCUGCUCCGAGCAACAUUUGGACGAGGAGCAGGCCUCCGUCUUGGACUAUUUUGAAGCAGACCAGUUUGUAGAGGGUACUUCUUUUUAUAGCAACUCUUGUGCCUCUACAUCUUUUAAGCAGCUACCAAAAAAGUCCCCGGUUUUGCUAGAGCAAGACCUGUUCUGGGACGAUGAGGAAGUCAUCUCUCUGUUGUCAAAAGAGAAAGUGAAUCAGGAUCGGAAAAUCCAGAAACCCAACUCGGCUUUGGCCGGGGCUCGUAAGGAGGCCGUGGAUUGGAUGCUCAAGGUCAACACCCACUACUCUUUCUCUGCCCUCACUGUUGUUCUGGCCGUUGAUUACCUCGACAGGUUUUUCUUCAGCUUCCAGUUUCAAACCGAGAAGCCAUGGAUGACACAGCUUGCUGCCGUGGCUUGUCUCUCCAUUGCUGCUAAGGUGGAGGAGACCCAAGUCCCCUUAUUACUAGACUUCCAAGUGGAGGAUAGUAAGUGUGUGUUCGAAGCGAAAACGAUUAACAGGAUGGAGAUUUUGAUUCUCUCAACUCUUGAUUGGAAGAUGAAUCCGGUGACCCCAAUUUCGUUUCUUGAUUACAUGACAAGGAGGUUUGGUUUGAAGGACCAUCUCUGCUGGGAGUUUCUCAAGAGAUGUGAGCUCAUCCUUGUCAAUCUCAUCUCAGAUUCUAGGUUCUUGUCUUUCCCUCCAUCUGUAGUGGCUACUGCCACAAUGCUGCACGUUGUCAAUAACAUUGAGCCUUGUCUUCAAGUUGAGUAUGAAAACCAGCUCUUGAGUAUUCUCCGAAUCGAUAAGGGUUUGGUUGAUGAUUGCUCUAAGCUCAUUUUGGAACUGUCAUCAUCGUGGUCGAGACACAAGCGCAAGUUUGGUUCUUCAGUUCCUGGGAGCCCAAAUGGAGUCAUUGACAUGGCAUUCAGCUCAGACAGCUCAAAUGACUCGUGGGCAGUGGCCUCAUCAGUCUCGUCCUCACCGGAACCUCUCUCCAAGAAAAGCAGAGCUCUUGAGAAGCUCGACCACACGGCAAAUGCUGCAGAUAUUCUCAGCCUUCCACGCCUUCCCUAAUUCGUCCCCCCCCCCCCCUCCCCCGGGUCCAA